CGCCCAAGAAAUCUGUCCUCUGUGUCGUGCGAAAGACAUGGGGAAUGCGGCGCCGCGGGCGCAACCUGCGAAUAGCACGCAGCUGGACACGGCGUCUCAAUGCCGAACUCUUCUAAUGGAGUGUGUCGUUCCGCACCGUAACACCAUGAACCUCGUCUUUAGCAGCCUUCUUGGGGACGGGAAGUUCCUCAAGACCGUCCAGUGCAAGUGCGAGGAAGGGGUGGUCGUUGUAAAGAUCUACCGGAAAUACGAUACCCACGAGUCACUUGAAUCGGCCAAGCAACAACUCGUGGCUCUAUACACUGCCCUGAGCAACGUCGAGUCAUCGCCGAACGUGAUUCCGUACUCGGUCUUUGAAAUGGGCACUAAAGGCAACGCGGCCUUUCUCGUGCGGCAAUCGUUUGUCGCGAAUCUGUAUGAUCGUAUUUACACGCGCCCGUUCUUGACAGACAUCGAGAAGAAGUGGAUUGCGUUCCAGCUUCUCAAAGCCCUCGAGCAGUGCCAUGCCAAGGGCAUCUACCACGGCGAUAUCAAGCAAGAGAACGUCAUGGUGACGUCGUGGAACUGGAUCUUCCUCACGGACUUUGCCCCGUUCAAGCCCACGUACAUCCCUGAAGACGACCCGGCGGACUAUUACUAUUACUUUUGCGCCUCAGAUGCGUCCCGUCGGAGUUGCAGUGUCGCCCCCGAACGCUUCUAUGGCAGCAACAGAGACGCUCUGUCCCGUCUCGCGGACAGCGAGAUCAGUGCCGAAGAAUGGGACAAACAGAUGAGUCGGACGCCACCCCCUCCACCAUCGCUGGCACCGUCGUCGUCCUACAACGCAACGCCACAAAAGGGGGCCGUCACGGCCGCCAUGGAUAUUUUUUCGACGGGGUGUGUGAUUGCCGAACUGUUCCAUGGCGGGAAACCGUUGUUUGACCUGCCGACGCUAUUGCGCUAUCGUACGGGAGAUAUGCACGCAGUGCAUUCAGUGCUUCAGAAGAUUCAGGAUGGUCCCGUCAGCGACAUGGUGCGCCACAUGCUGCAGCGCGAUCCACGGAGUCGGUUGUCGGCGGCGCAGUACCGGCAGCAAUUUACCGAUUCCAUCUUCCCAUCGUACUUUGACUCGUUCUUGUUCCGUUUCAUGGCGCUGGUGCUCACGCGGGGUGGCAAGCUGCCCGACGCCCGCAUCCGCCUCGUUUGUAAGUACUAUGCCCGCAUCGUGCGCGAGCUGGUCGGAGUAGAAGACCACGAAGGCGAAGUGUUCUUCAACCACCGACUCAAGGAAGGUCAUGGCAGCGAUCGCGCUCAUUUUACAGAUAACGUCCUCCAGCGUAUGUUUGACGAAGUGGCAUCCCCGUACGAAGACGAGUCUCGAGACAACGACGGCGACCUUCCCGAUGAACACACCUCUGGCGCCCCGUUCGCAAGGGACCCCCGCGCCAUUCACAAGCUCCAGACGACUUACCAAGAGUACGCCAAACAGAAAUACGACACGUUGAAACGCGUCAAGUCAGCGAUAUCCCGUGACUCCUCCACCGCUCGGCCGUCCAAAUCGUCUACAUUGAAUGAACUUCCCACGGCGUCCUUAGCGACCGAUCUCGAUGAUGAAGACUUGUCGGAGAAACCGUACUCUCAAUCACAGCAUCUAUCUCCACCACCGGCCACUCCGUCGUCGACAGCACAGUCCACCAAGCCACCUCCGAAUGGAAUCAUGAUCGUGUUGUCCCUCCUCUGCUCUAGUUUGCGCCAUUGCCAAGUACCCCAGUCCAAACUCACGGGGUUGCAGCUCAUUUCUCGCCUGGGAGCCCAUGCCGACGAUGAGGUGCGGCUCCAACGACUCAUUCCAUACGUGAUGGAAAUUCUCGACGACACCAACGCCGCCGUCCGCGCCGCUGCCAUCCGCUGUAUCACGUCACUCGUAUCUCUCGUCACUCUUUUGCCCCUUUCGGACGCUGCCGUCUUCCCGCAGUAUAUCUUACCCGCGCUGCAAAACUUUCCCGUGGACCCUGAAGAGAGCGUGCGGAUCGCGUUUGCAGAAUGCUUGCCGCUCCUGGCCGAAACGUCUCGACGAUUUCUUGAAAUUAGCUGCGCGCUCAAGCAACGCGCCCUGCACCAGCCGUCUGCGACCGAAACAGCACGGGGAAUGACCACGACUUCUACGAAAAAGACCAAGGAAGGGCGGAACUUGGACGCGACCUUCAGCACAUUUGACAACGAGCUCAACCGGUUGCACUCCGCCGUUGCGCGCUUUGUGAUUCAAAUUGCUGCCCCCGACCAAAAGUCGAGCAGCUCCCUCGUCAAGCGAGCCCUACUUCACGACAUCACGCGGCUGUGCGUCUUUUUUGGUCGUGAGUACACUCUCGACAAUGUGCUUCCACUUCUACUAUCGUUUUUGAACGACCGCGAUUGGGAACUUCGCGCCGCCUUCUUCCAAGACAUUCCUGGCGUGUGCACAUUCGUCGGCCGUGUGUCGGCAGAACUGUACAUUUUGCCGUGCAUCGAGCAAGCCCUGAUCGACGUACAGGAAAUCGUGAUAGCUCGGGCGCUCCACUGUCUAUGCACCCUCGUGUCACUCGGACUCUUUCAACGUCCAGCGCUCAUUGAAAAGGCCAAACUGACGACACCACUGUUGCUUCACCCGGGCUGGUGGAUUCGCGAAGGCAACAUUCAGCUGAUCGCAGCCAUUUCGAUCCAACUCGGAUCCGUCGACACGCAUGUGUUUCUCAUGCCGCUACUGCAUCCAUACAUGCGCCAGAAGAUCAAGUUUGGCCCGACCAAUGAUCAAGACGCAGUCGUCACGAUGCUUCGGAAUGCCCUUCAACCGCCAGUUCCCCGCGAAGUGUUCGACGCGGCGCUCAUUUCCCGUAACCCAACCGACCUCGUUCCCAACGGCAUGUCGUCAAUGGUUGAGUAUGGCGGGGACACUGAAUUCGAGGACGUGAUGGACACGGAGGUGAACAUCACAAAUGGACGCAUGAAACUGGCAAGCGUCGACUCGAUGGAUGGCAGCUCUCCGGCGCACAAGCUGGCUCAAUCGAGAAACGCAAAACCGCUCGACCGGUUCGAGAAGAUGACGCUUGGACACCAAGCCGAUGACGUCCAGCGCCUGAAACUCAUGCAGCAAUACAUUGAAAUGGCGUCGAUGCACAUGCAGAGCAAGAUCCAGCUCUUCAACUCGGAGCAAGUGGCUCGCAUGCAAGCGGGCAGCGGAGCCAACCAGUCCCGUCACCAUCCCUUGGCGUUUACGAAAAAAAUUCCACGAACUUCCAUGCAUAUUUUGCGGGUGCCGACAAUGCAGAUGGCGUUGAGCCAGUUCCCGUUGACGUUUCCAUAUAUGAAGCCCAAGGCAGGGGAUACCUCCGGCGUGUUUAAAUGGGAGAGUCUGCCGCUGCUGCACAUCAUUCGACUCUACGGGCUCAAUACUGGUCUGUCCACGGAACUCAACGCACUUGCCGAAGCCGACACCAACUUGUCCGUGUCCCCAUCCCGAAAGAAGGUUCUGAAUGCUGCGUCUGUGCAUGACAUGGUGCUCGACCCGGCCCUCUUCCACUCGCACAAACUACUUGCUCGACUUAUGGCGCUGGACAUUCCCCCGCUCCCCAUGGACAUGGGUGCACUGAAAUCUCCAGACAUCCAGCCCCCUAGCAGCGUCACCACGACGACGGCCAACUCCGCACCGCCUUUGUCAACCCCGCUGGCCCCGAUGCCCCCCCCUUCGUUGACACCGACCAGUUUGCCGCCCCCUUUGCUUGCCCCGACAUCGUCGUUCACAUCGAACCGCGAAUGGCGACCUCGAGAAAACGUCCUCGUUGCCGAAAUGAACGAACACACUGGGUCUGUCAACCGGUUGGGUGUCGCACAAGACGGAUCCUUCCUUGCGUCUGCGUCAAGCGACGGAGUGGUCAAGAUCUGGUCAGUGAAGGGACUGGCACACGGCAGCAAUCCGAGCAGUCGAGGCACGUACGAGUCGCACGGAUCCCUCCUCACCGACAUGGUUGUGCUCGAUCACUCGCACUCGAUUGCGACCAGUUUUGCCAACGGAUCGGUACAUGUGUUCCGAGUCGAUCGGAUGACUUCGACCACCAUCAACUCAACCAGUGUCCAGCAGUUUCAGACGAUUGGGCUGCGGGAGAUCAAGUUAACGGACGACGCUGUCCUGGUCCUCAACCACGUCAACACGGCAACGGAGAGCCUGCUAAUCUACGGCACCCGCCGGGGGUUCAUCUACGGAUGGGACCUCCGGUUCCGCCGCGAGGCUUGGAAACUCCACGUGAGUGUCGAGUUGGGCCACAUUUCGUGCAUGGCCCAUUCAUCUGAUGCAACAUGGCUGGCUGUCGGAACCAACCGAGGGUAUAUUUGUUUGUGGGACCUUCGCUUUCAGCUCCUCAUUCGAGUCUGGCGCCACUCGUCCAACCGGCCAAUCAACCGCCUGGAGCCAUGCCUGAGCAACUAUCCGCCUGGCCAGCCCGAACUCGCGGCCACGUCGCCGUUGGUGUACGUGGCAGCUGGGGAUUCCGAAGCUGCUGUGUUUGACUUGAGCAUUGGCGCGUGUCGAGCUGUGUUUCGCUCGCUGCACACGCAAGUCCAGAUGCUCGGAGCGGACAAAUGUCCGACCCUGCACCACGUCCAAGUGCCGAGCCGUAUGAAGGACGUGAUGGCAAGUAUUUUGGGGCCCCCAAAGUUUGCCCAGGCCCUCGACGAUAUCGCCACCACUCCGUAUUCGGAAGAGCCAACCAUUCGCGCACUUUUGUGUCCGUCCGAGUUUUCUCUUCUCACUGCAGGCGAAGAUCGUCGGAUCCGGUUCUGGGACCUUCGCCAUCCCAAAAAGUCGCUCACCGUGUCCGGGGGAGACUCAGCACCCUCGUUCUACGACAGCCAGGCUGCACCAGACGGAUGGUGGCGUCUCAACUCGGAUGACCCCAAGGUGUCAAAGGCCGAGUUGGUCUGGAGCAAGAUGCCGCCUCCGUCGAUUUUGCUAUGCCAGGACGCGUCUUCAUUCGGCGACCACGGCGACGGGUACGCCAACCCCACCUUGGAACGCCGCGGUCCGAUCGCUGCCUCGCCUGCGCAUCACGAUUGCAUUUUGGAUCUCAAGAUGGUCGACGUCAGCGGUCCGAUGGUGGUGUCGAGUGCCCGCGACGGCGUCGUCAAAGUGUGGCGAUGAAACGUCAAGCGAGAGAUCCUUGUUGUAGUUACUUUUCGAAUGGAGAGUGUGCUUUCCCA